CUUAAUAAUUCUUUAUAUAUAUAAUUUAAAUAUAUAAUAUAAAAGUAGUUUAAAUGUCUUUAGGUUUCAUCAGACUAUAAAAGGUGUUCACUGUACAAGAGACAAAAAUCUUGAGGUAGAAGAGAACAAUGGAUGAUGGAUGUACAAGAUGCCAUUUAUUAUGCUCUGUUCACUUUUUAAAAGAAAAAUGUUGACAGUCUCUAGAAGAAUGCGGAUAACUCCAUGAACAGUGAAUGCAUGGCUUUUAGCCAGGUUUGUUUCUAAGGGCCCUAAUGGAAGUGUCAGAAAUCCUGGUAAAGUGUAGAACAUUUAUGUGCACCGCGCACUAAGUUCUAUGUUCGCUACUGUAGGGGGCUCAAGAGGAGGAUUGGAGCUUUCCGGAGCAAGAAGGCAGCAGAUGGCCUCCUGAUCCAGGUGGAAGGUUGGACCAACCGGUUGCACCCCUGUGUGUUUAAAGAGCAGCUCGGUGUUGGUCAGAGGUGAAAGUAAGGGAUUCCUUCUAGAUGCUGGCACACAGGAAGCCCCCGAGAGCGCAGCUGAGACGCGCGCGCACUGAGCCGCUUUCUCGCCACGCCCACUUCCUGCUCCAUCCCGCGCCAUUCCUGGUCCCUCUCCUGGUGAACCGGAUACGCUGUCAGUCUCCUCCUCCGCGUCCUUUACCUCCACCCAGCUCCCUGGAGAAGCCGCUGCUACCCCGAGGCCUUGGCCAAGAGAGGCUGCUGGCGACUGGCCCGGCGGGCGCGGGCAGGGUAGGAGCUGGGCGCGCACGGCUACCGCGCGUGGAGGAGACACAGCCCUGCGGCCAUGAGUGCCAGGGCCGCUCCUUCACGCCGGAGACAGGCGGGCCGCAGGUUGCGCUACCUGUCUACUGGUAGCUUUCCCUUCCUCCUCUUGUUGCUGCUGCUCUGCAUCCAGCUCGGGGGCGGACAGAAGAAAAAGGAGAACCUUUUGGCUGAAAAGGUGGAGCAGCUGAUGGAAUGGAGUUCCAGGCGCUCGAUCUUCCGAAUGAAUGGUGACAAGUUCCGAAAGUUUGUAAAAGCCCCACCGCGGAACUACUCCAUGAUCGUCAUGUUCACUGCUCUGCAGCCUCAGAGGCAGUGCUCUGUGUGCAGGCAGGCUAACGAAGAAUAUCAAAUCCUGGCUAAUUCCUGGCGUUAUUCAUCUGCUUUUUGCAACAAACUGUUUUUUGGAAUGGUGGACUAUGAUGAAGGGACAGAUGUUUUUCAGCAGCUCAACAUGAACUCUGCUCCCACAUUCAUGCAUUUUCCUUCAAAAGGCAGACCCAAGAGAGCUGAUACCUUUGACCUUCAACGAAUUGGAUUUGCAGCUGAACAGCUAGCAAAAUGGAUUGCCGACAGGACGGAUGUUCAUAUUCGAGUUUUCCGGCCACCCAACUACUCAGGCACCAUUGCUUUGGCCCUCUUAGUGUCGCUGGUUGGUGGCUUGCUUUAUUUAAGGAGGAACAACUUGGAGUUCAUCUAUAACAAGACUGGUUGGGCCAUGGUAUCUCUGAGCUACAUUCAUGGCAGCAGCCAGGCGCAGUUUGUGGCAGAGUCUCACAUCAUUCUAGUACUGAAUGCUGCAAUCACCAUGGGGAUGGUUCUUCUAAAUGAAGCAGCAACUUCCAAAGGGGAUGUCGGGAAAAGACGGAUCAUUUGCCUCGUGGGAUUGGGCCUGGUGGUCUUCUUCUUCAGUUUUCUACUUUCAAUAUUUCGUUCAAAGUACCAUGGCUAUCCAUAUAGCUUUUUAAUUAAAUGAAGUCACCUCGGACUAUCAUAAAGUGAAGAGAAGCUGUUCCUGACACUAUAUUAUUUGGAAUUCUUGAGGUUCACUCCUUGUUGAUUGUGAUACAUUAGCUUAUUCUUGUAUAAUUUUUUUAAACUGUGGAUUUUCCUAAAACAUUUAAUUUAUAGAAAUGGAUGUGUAACAUUCUGUAAUCCGCAAUGGACUAUCAAAGUGUUUUUAAAUAUUCUCAAUGUAUGCUACAGGAGUGAAAUAAAUGACAUUGUAACUAUGAAUCCAUGCUUUAGAACUGUGUGUCUUCUAAGUAAGGAUACCCCAUGUUAGUAAGGAGAUCCAUGGACUGAAUGUAAAAGACUUGCUAGUACUGUACAGAGUUAGAGCAUAUGCAUGAACUGUGUCGUGUGGAUAGUAAUUCUUACUUCAGUCUCACUUAUAAAGGAUGUACACUGUUACAAAA